AUGGCAAUACUCGAGUCAGAAACUCAACCGUACUCGGCUUUGCUAUACUCGCCCAGCAAUGAGACAACACAGUCUCAACCAGCUAAAGAUCUACCGCAACAACCUCAACUGCUACAAUCAUCUCAGAAUUCAGUAUCGUCACAGUCUUACGUUGUACCGCAGCCUGCGACGGAGCCGGCACCACAGCUUCUCACGGGACCGACUCUACUACUACAAGCAAAUGCAUUACCACCUCAGGCACAGGCGGUAUCUCACAAUACGUUAAAUCCCAUAGCACAAGCUGCUCCACAACCUAUUCCACAGCCCGAGCUUCAGCCAGAAGUGUAUGCACCCCAGCCGCAGCCUAUUCCACAGUCUCCACCUUCGCCUCUAGCACAACCACCAGCUCAGCCUGUGCCUGGAUUUGUCGCUCAGCCCACUUUAAUACCACAAGCACCGGAGGUAACAAUUCAGCCACAACCAGUGCCACCUCAACCAUUUGAGCUACAACAGGUUGCCCCAACUCAGAGAUCAUUUCAAGAGAGUCAGUUACAAGCCCAGACAGCACUGCAGUCUCAAUCAACGCAGAUAGGAUUACCUAUACAGGGUAUACUAGGGCAGGCAUCUGCUGGCAUGCCUCAUCUACAGUUACAAAUCAAAGUGAUUCCGGGACAGCCACUUCAACAGAGAGAAGCGCAGUUGCAACCGCAGGUGGCUAUGGUGCCAGAGGAGUUGGCAAGUGUAGCACCCGUGGCGCCACUACCACAAGAAGCAGCCAUGGCUCAACAAAUGUCGCCGUCACCGCAAGCGGAAAUACAAAUACCACAGCAGUUCCCAGUAGUGAUACAGCCGCCAGCACAAGCUCAGGUUCAGGGGAUGCUGGCACAACCACAGCCCAUAGCACAAACACCUGAACUACCUGAAGCAAUAUCAAAAAGGCUACCAGCUGUAGCAGAACCGAUCCCACAAGCACCAAGUUCCUUGCCACCACCACCGCCGCCACCCGUGACACCACAACCACUGUCUUCCAUCAGCUACACCCCAUCGGAUACACCAGUUCAGGUGCCUAUUUCGGUGCGUCAACCGCCCAUGCCUCAACUAGUUCAAAAACCCGUCUCCGUACUCCAAGCAUCAAUGCCACAAGAACCCAAUUCCGUGCAACCAUCUACACAACAACCCAUGCCUGCACCAACUGUAUUAUUCCAAGGUCCACCGUCACCUGUAGCACCUGCACAGAUUCCAUCGGUAGCAGAACAACAGCAACAUUUCUUUCAACCUUCUGCGCAGUUCACUACAACGAACUGUCUUCCGUCUUGCCAUCAGAACUGCCAGAAAUCAUGCCCUUCCGAGGUCUGCAUCAGUGUGUGUCUCAAAGACUGUAAAAACGCUUGUGAAAAGUGCUGCUCACCUGUUUCUUGGGCUGUUCCAUCAGCACAACUCCCCGGUACGGCUGCGCCAACGCCAGUAUCACUAUCACCUCAGCGCCACUCAUGA